AUGUGGACCAAAAUUUUAUCUAUCAGCCUUCUAGGCCUAUUUGCCGGCUAUGCUACUGCUGCCACCAUUGAAGAGAGAGCACAAUAUAGUGUUAUCUUUUACGAGAACACCAAUUUUGGGGGGCAAUAUGUUGGAUGGACAAAUACAAAUUUGGCUUCGCAGCCUGGUGCCGACUGCCAUAAUUUGAACGAGAAGAGUCCGAAUCUUGACAAAAAGGCAAGCUCUAUUCGCUUUGGAGCAUCUCAAAAUGCCGAAUGCGACUUUUUUGUUAAUCUGAACUGCAUGAGCAAUUCUGGUCCUAACUUUUCCGAUGGUGCUAUGGAGUCAGGCGCCGAAAUCUCUGACUUGAGGGCUGUCUAUCUGGAUAAUGGCGGAAGUCUGAACGACAGAAUUCGGUCUUUUAGCUGCUUUUAUUAUUGA